CUGCCGUCGUGAUUUGUCGCGAUGCUGUAAUUUGUUGUUGGUAACGUCGGAUCUCCAUCCGCGGUCCCUGCCCGCGGCGCGGGCGCCCAUGUGCUGCAGAGCGCUGGGCAUCUUGGCGGGCGCGGGGUGCCUGCCAGCAGUCGCGCCCGGGCGCGGCGGGUGGGAGCGGCCGAGCCUCGCGUGCAGGGCGCACGCGCCGUGCUCGUGGGGCGCGAGGUGCCCCCCUCGGCGGCGAGGUCCGAGCCCUGCCCUCCCCGAUCCGCGAUUCGGGCAGCUCGAUGGGCGGCGGGGUAGGGCUCGGAGUUCGUCGAGCACGCGGCGAAGUCCGAAGCCUACCGCCCGCCUCCCUUCGAUUCGGGAGAGUCGACUACAAUGUCCCAAGGGCCCAGGCCCCUCGGCUGGGAUCUGGAGGACAUCGGCGCGGGAGAAGUGCCGAGCUUGUAAAGGGCGCAGACUCGUUCCCCCCGGUGGGCGAGCUAGACGCCAGCGGCGGUCCCCGACGCGUCCUGACCCGGGCGAGCUGCAGCAGUGGGUGCGCGCAGCUCCAGCGUUGGCAGGGGCGCAGCGCGAGGAGCUGCGCGCCGCGGUGGCCUUGCGCUUCGCGCGGCGGCUGCAGGCGGCGCAGGUGCCGCUGUUUAUUUCGGGCAUUGGCACGAACAACCUUGCCGCUGAGAUCCACCAUACGGCCCCUACCUGCGGCCCUUCUUCGGCGCCUUCCGGGCGGUGCUCGUGGAGCCGAACGCGGCGAUGCUUUCGGGCCUGCGGCGGCGCGGCCGGCAGCUGGGCGCCGGCGAGAGCAGGGUGCUCGCAGCGGCAGCGUGCACCCCCGGCAUGGGCGGGACACGGCCAUGCUGCACUGCUUUUCCCGUAGGCUGAGGAAGGAUUUUAAUUUGACGUUGCUGCAGUUCCAGCAAAUGAACGAGAUAGCCUCGCUCGACCAGGCCCAGUUCCAGAGAAGUUUGUUGUAUUUCUACAGCCCAGAGCCAUGGCUAAAAGAAUACGCUGAGCGAGUGCCCGUGCGGUGCCUCGUUCCGGAAAGAUUGCUGAGUGAGGCAAAUGCAACGUUUGCGGACGCUGACAUCUUUCAUGUUGAUGCAGAGGGACAUGACGUCGGCAUUCUGUUGGAGUUCUUAAAGUUUCACGAUUUUCUUCCCGUGCUCAUCAGCUUCGAGUGGGGCUGGUCGGCACCUGCAUCAUCGCUCGCAGCAGUGUUGAUACUUCACUCCAGGGGGUACAGCAUAUUCUUGCACCGUGCGACUGCAAUUGCUGUGCACUGGGAGCAACCAGCAGACUCGGCAGAGCGUCCCUCGCAGAUGGGAAAAUGCC